GCAUGCGCACUGCUCGGUGACUGUUAAGGCAUCAGGACGUCAUCUUCCAGCAUCUGAACUGUGUGUGAGGAUAAAUCACCCCGCUCUCACACAGCGGCCGCUACCUGUCAGACUUACGGGUCCCGGUACUGAUUAUGCCGAGGGUGUUUCCGUGAUUCUCAGGCAUGGCGACCCCUGGGGUGUUGGAGGAGUCCAGCUCUGGAGAGGCCUGCUCGGGGGGCUGCGGGGACCUCGGGGACUUCCUGCUGGAGGACCGGGCUGAGGAGCAGCUCUGCUGUCACUUUGAGCAGGCGGCUCAGCACGCCCAGAAACUGGCCCAUGUGGCGAGCACAGAGCAGCUUCUCUACCUGUACGCCAGGUACAAGCAGGUGAAGGUUGGAAAAUGCACCACUUCCAAACCAGGGUUCUUUGAUUAUGAAGGCAAGCAAAAAUGGGAAGCCUGGAAGUCUCUGGGUGAUUACAGCCGUCAGCAGGCUAUGCAAGAUUAUGUUGAUACUGUGAAAAAACUUGAUCCAGACUGGACCCCAAAGGCAUUCGAGGAACCUGUUGAAGAGCACAAGACAACCUUUGGUGGUCCAGUGGUCAGCUGUCUGUACCAUGUGCAGGAGAUACUUAGGGAUGAAGAUAAAGAUAUCUUUGACUACUGCCGGGAAAACGACAUCUCCCGAAUAUCUCAGGCGUUGGCUACGGGUGCCAUUGAUGUGAAUGUGGCAGAUGAGGAGGGCCGUAGCCUCUUACACUGGGCCUGUGACAGGGGCCGCACAGAGCUAGUAUCCAUUCUCCUGUUUCAUAACGCUCACAUAAAUAUGCAGGACGAUGAAGGACAGACACCCUUGCAUUACGCCUCUGCUUGCGAAUUCACGGACAUAGUGGACCUUCUCUUGGACCACGGUGCUGACCCUUCUCUUGUGGACAACGAUGGUUUUCAGCCACAUGAGGCCACAGACAACAAAGAAAUUUCAGAUAUGUUAAAGCAACAUGCAACAUUUGGGGAACAUGACAAGCCGCCAAGCCUUUUAGAAAUUCCAAAAUAAAGCUCUCAAUGCAAGUUUA